GGUGUUGCCUCGCCUCCCUCCACGAGGUUUAGUCAAGUCUGGGGUUUCCAGCGGAGGUCGAGCCUGUUAUUCGCCCGCACUUUCCCGUUUCAACAACUCCGUCGCAAAUUACCUGUUUUAUCGGACCGCAAUGGGAGUCGAAGGCUGCACCAAAUGCAUCAAACACGGGCUGUUUUUCUUAAAUUUCAUCUUCUGGCUUGCUGGAGGUGUGAUCUUGGGAGUGGCCCUUUGGUUGAGACAUGACAACAAGACUAGCAGCCUGAUGGAGCUUAAACUGGAUGGAGCUCAAGCCCCCAGCUCCUUCUACACCUGUGUCCACAUUCUAAUCGCAGUCGGCGCUGUGAUGAUGGUGGUCGGUUUCCUUGGUUGCUAUGGUGCCAUUCAGGAGUCCCAGUGUUUGUUGGGAACUUUCUUUGUGUGCCUGGUCAUCCUGUUCGCCUGUGAAGUUGCUGCUGGAAUCUGGGGUUACAUGCACAGAGAAACUGUUUCAAAAGAAAUGAAGAACUUCUAUGACUCUGUCUAUGACCAGGCCAUCACAGACAGCCUUGCUGACCCAAGUAAAAAGACGGCUGUUGGAGAAGUUCUCAAGGUUUUUCAUGAGACGCUCCAGUGCUGUGGUAAGGGAUUUGGGACCUCGGUCUUUUCGGUCAUUAUGAGUAAACUCGGCCCUCAGGACAUCUGCUCCACCAAAUGGCUCUCAAUUGACUGCCAUGGUAAAAUUGAUGAACUCUUCUCAGAUAAGAUUUAUCUGGUGGGAAUUGCUGCGCUGGUGGUUGCUGUCAUAAUGAUCUUGGAGAUGAUCUUCAGCAUGGUGUUGUGUUGUGGGAUCCGCAACAGCCCUGUGUAUUAAAUCGGCUGAGCGGAUGGAAUAAUGACCACAUCGGUUCCAGUCUCCAUUGUUUAUUUCUUUAUUACAUAGAAUUAUUACAUAAAAUGCUUGCUGAAUUAAGUGGGCUCAUUAAAAUGCUGCCCUUCAUUACACUGUUCCACAAUUUAUUCACAGAUGCUGUCAUGUGUAUACAAUCAGUCCUAUCCUUUUAUUAUUUGUAGUUUUUUUGAUCACACUGUCACUCAUUGGUUACAAUCACCACUCAAGGUGCUGUUCUUUCAAGAUUUUUAUGUUUGUCUUUGUUUUUACUUCAAUCCUGCCUAUGAACAUGCUGAUACAUUCUCGGUUUUAUGUUUUUUUUGACUGUUUUCUGUAUAAACUGUAUAUAAAUAUAUGUUAACAGGGCUUUAUGUCUGCCUGAGCAUGGAUAUUGUAUUACACAAGGUCUCUGUCCAGUAGUUUCUCUUUACUAACCUCUGCUUGAUUGUCUUGCUUUAGACUGAAUCAGAUAUAAGUGUAUGUUACUGACACUAGCGAUUGACCUUAUUGACACAAUAUAGCAGUUUGGCGAAACACAUGUUGCCCAACAUCCAUGAUAAUGUGGUAUGUCUGCAUGAAUCUAGUUAAUCUAAAAAGCUGCCAGGAACACCAGUCACCAGUGUUUCCUACAACUAAUUGCUCUUCUUAAAAAAACUGUUUUUCUUGCACUUAAUUGUUUAAACCUAUGGACCUUUUUUCCCUUAACAGCUGCCAUAGUGAACUUAAAGAAUCAGAGCGCCAAUUACAGUUCUUCCUGUAGCUAAUCGAUACAUCUAAAGUACUGAUAAUCACACCUCUUAUGGCAACAGUCAUUUGCUUAACUUCAUGAUUAAUAUUGUUGAUUAAGUGAAAUUGAAAAUAAAAUCUUUAAAUCUGGCAAAGUUGCUUUUGUUGGUGCUGUCCAGGUCUGUCUUCUGUCACAUGGUCAUAUCAUGUGACUCCACUCCUCUGAGUGUUGCCUUUGCUGUUCACCAUUCAUGUACUAACGCUUCUUAAUCGAGGGCCAGAUGGGGCUGAAGUAGCAGAUCUAUUUCUGUUUCACUAUUUGGAUACAAAUGUACUCUUCGAGAUGCAGCUAUUGCUCACACACACACAGCUCCACAUCAACACUGCCUGUUGACGCAUCAGAAAACACACACUCCCUUCACUGCAUCUUUAUAACCUCCCAUGUAGUCUUAGCUAUGGUCAGCCUAUAUAAGCCUUGCCUUGUUAUCAGCUUCUACCUAAAAUGAGAAACAGUGGAAGUGUGUAAUACACCUCUAAUGUAUCCUUGUAGAGAAGGUUGUAGAAAACAAUAUAUGCCUUUUUUCUCUUUGUAUUGUGAUAUCUUUGUCUGGUGUGUCAAACAAGUCUGGUUGGAGGGGAGGGGGAUUUAGUGGCAGGGUCUACUGAGGGGGAAGUCAAAUGUUUUCCACAUUUAAAUAACCUAAACAAAAAAAUGAUACUGCAUUUAUUAGGCUUUCAAUGAGGGCACUCCAUAUUUCUAUUUGGCAAAGUACACUCAGGAUCCACUGCCACAAGUCUCAACCUCUUUUGCCCAUGUAGACUUUGUUUCGCUCAGAUUUAAAGGGAUUAAAUGUAUUUUCCAAGUAA